AUGGCCACGACUGCCCUCCUGCCAUAUAGGCUGCCCCUGCAAGACUUCCUCAAGGCAUCGCACUUCGCGCUGGGGCCAGACCCGCGGCUGCACAAGGGCGCCAUGCACUCCACGUCGCGCCGGGACUUCCCGGCCUACCCGGGCGUCACCCGCCUGCGGCCGUGCCGCCAGCCGCCGCGCGCGCCCCUCUUCCAGCAGGACGCGUCCUGGGCGCUCAGGGACUGCCCGUCGGAAUCGCACCGGGCCUUCCAGCAGCUGCCGCCGGAGUCUGCGCCGUCGGGCGAUACGUUGCGGGAGCGCACGCUCGCCAUGCAGCUCACCAACCUGCGCAUGCACGCGGAUGCGCACGCCGGCCCCGGCGUUCCCAGCGCGCGCGCCGCCUACGGCUGGCCUGAGCUGCCCGCGCGCGUUAGCGAGCAGAUCCGCCGGGCUCGCCUCAUCUUCGCCGGCGACUCGGUGCCGACCGGCGACCGCGCCAAGCUGGGCAUCCCGCCCACCACGCACCAGGAGCUCUUCCCACCACACGACCCCUGCCCGAAGCCGCGCGCACCCUGCUACCACCUCGGAGGCCCCAACACCCUCAAGGGGGACCAUAGGAGACAGACCUAUGGGACUUCCUACCAGAAACAGUUUCAGGCCUUGCCGGAGCCACCCGCCUUGAUGUGUAAGAGGGCCUCCUCCAGUGUGGAAUUGGGAGACUGCAAGAUUGGCUAUGGACCCAUGUGCUCUGAGCAGAAACAGGCCUACAGGCCCCAGGGUCUGCCCCCAGACAGGUAUAACAAGGCUCAGGCCACGGCCCACAUCUACUAUGUGAAUAUUCGUCCUGGAGACGGCCUCUUCCACGAUGCCACCACCAAGACCCAGCACUUCUACCCCCGGGAGCUAGAGCCUUUUGUUCUUGGUCACGACCAGACUCCGCUGUCACACAUCCUGGAAGGAAACCAGCGCCCUGGCCCGGGCAGCCUCACCACCUCCACGCAGUUCUUCCUCGGCCAGCCACCGCCUCUGAACCGGCCACCCAACCGCCACUUGCCCCACGAGAAAUUGCAGAACCACGUGACUCUAGGGGAGCCAUCCCUGCUUGGACACUUCUUCCAGACCUCGAUGGGCUCGGACUACCUAGCCCCGGAGGCACAGCAGCCACUGAAAGCGCUCAACCUCCACCUAUUGGAGAGCAACCUGCCGAAGGGCACGGGCAAGCCAGAUUUUUUAACCAUGAACCAGAAGAUGCUGAAGCCGCACAGAACAGCUCCGGCCCUGGUGACUGAGGAGCUGCUACAGCGGUGCAAGUACACCCACGUGGAGCCCCCGCUGGGCGGACAGCGAGUCUUCUCUACCCGCUACCAGGAGGAGUUUCCCUACAAGUACCAGGGUCCCGUGACACUGACCUGGGGUAACUUCCAGGAGAGCCACGUGCCCCUGGGCAUACCUCGCAAGUUGGGCUGCGAGGAAAGGAAGGACGCUCAGGCCCCCCAGACUCCCAUCUACCCAUGCCACAGCCAGCAAUAA